AUGGCGGCCCGUGGUAGCUUCCAGACAGCGACAACGGGAGGCGGCGGAGCUAUGGGCCCCGGUCCCCCGAUAAGCGGCGGUGCUCCCGUUAUGGGCCCGGGAACUCCGUCGGGGAGGAUGGGUCCUUCGCCUGCAGCACAGAACCACAUGUAUCGCUCACCGAUGCCUGGGCCUGGAUACCCGAGGCCGGGAAUGCCCCCAACCAGCCGCAUGACCCCUCAGGGACCUUCGAUGGGACCCCCUGGUUACGGCACCAGCCCAGUGUCGCGGCCUGGUAUGCCAAUCAUGGACCCAUCCCGGAAGAGACCCGCCCCUCAGCAGAUCCAGCAAGUCCAACAGCAGAGCCGCACCCAGCAUGCCAAGAAGAAGAAAAUGGCUGAUAAAAUUCUACCUCAGCGGAUCAGAGAGCUGGUCCCAGAGUCUCAGGCAUACAUGGACCUAUUGGCUUUUGAGCGAAAACUUGACCAGACGAUCAUGCGCAAGAGGUUGGACAUACAGGAAGCCCUCAAAAGACCGAUCAAGCAAAAGAGGAAGCUUCGAAUUUUUAUUUCAAACACCUUCAACCCCGCCAAGCCUGAUGCUGAAGAUGGGGAGGGCACUGUGGCAUCAUGGGAGCUCCGGGUAGAGGGACGACUCCUGGAGGAUACGGCUGUAUCCAAGUAUGAAGCUACUAAACAGAAGAGGAAAUUCUCCUCUUUCUUCAAAUCGCUAGUGAUUGAAUUGGACAAAGAUUUGUACGGACCUGAUAAUCACUUGGUGGAGUGGCACAGGACGGCCACUACCCAGGAGACGGAUGGCUUCCAGGUGAAAAGGCCAGGAGAUGUGGGGGUGCGCUGUACCGUGCUCCUCAUGUUGGACUACCAGCCUCCCCAGUUCAAGCUGGACCCUCGUCUUGCGCGUAUGCUGGGUAUCCACACGCAAACCCGGCCCGUCAUCAUCCAGGCGCUGUGGCAGUAUGUGAAGAACCACAAGUUACAGGACCCCCACGAGAGAGAGUUCAUAAACUGCGAUAAGUAUCUUCAGCAGAUAUUUGAGACUCAGCGCAUGAAGUUCUCGGAGAUCCCGCAGCGAUUGCAUGCCCUGCUCAUGCCCCCCGAGCCGAUCAUCAUUAACCACGUGAUAAGCGUGGAUCCCAAUGACCAAAAGAAGACGGCCUGCUACGACAUCGACGUGGAGGUGGACGACACCCUCAAGACACAGAUGAACUCCUUCCUGCUGUCCACUGCCAGCCAGCAGGAGAUCGCCGGCCUGGACAACAAGAUCCACGAGACCAUCGAGACCAUCAACCAUCUGAAGACGCAGAGAGAGUUCAUGCUGAGCUUCGCCCGGGACCCGCAGGGCUUCAUCAAUGACUGGCUGCAGUCACAGUGCAGGGACCUGAAGACCAUGACUGAUGUGGUGGGGAAUCCUGAAGAGGAAAGGAGGGCGGAGUUUUACUUUCAGCCCUGGGCCCAGGAAGCCGUGUGUCGCUACUUCUACUCAAAGGUGCAGCAGAGACGGCAAGAGCUGGAACAGGCUCUCGGCAUCAGAAACACAUAGAAGCAGAGUAUCUGGGGAAGACUACAGAGACAGCGGGGGUCUAGGAUGUUACUUCCACCACAGGACAAAUACGUUCAGAUAUAGAAACUCCUGGAUUGUAACAGACCAUUUUAAAGCCUCUUCUGGCUGCACCAACACAGCAAUGUCUCACUCCACACAUACAAUCUGCUUUCCUGACCAUUUUAAAAACCAGUUCCUGUUAGUUUAUCCUCUAUGAACUAGAAAUUCACCCUUUUCUUUUAGUCUUUUCUAUUAUGCUGUUGUGUUUGGGUGGAGAUCCAUAUUGACAAGGUUAGUUCUUAGUCAACUGCAAAAAUGCUUUGCUCAGUGUGCUUAGCCCUUAGAGGACAGAGCUAUGAAAACUGAACACAUCCAAGCACAGUAAUACAUUCAUAAACUAUUCUCCAUGAAUGUUUAUUUCCAUUCUAGCCUUGGGAGGGGGUUCACAUAAGACUGUUUAUGUUGAGUCCACAAAAUAUUUGGACUCCCGGAAUGUUCCCUUGUGUUGUGCUUUUGGGAAACUGGGUCGUCUUGAAUUUCUUUUGGGCAGUUCUCCCACACUUUGUAUCUUAGCAGUAAGAUGACAGAAAUGACAGGCUGAUAGCAGUCUGUGAACUCUUUUCCAAAUUGUUUUUUUUUGGGGGGUGGGGGGUGGGGGGAAUAUGCAGUUUCUUGUGUGCUGUACUUUUUUCUGUACGGAAACCUGAAGAUAGACCCAUGUAAUUGAGGUGAUGUGGUUCACCUGCCUUGAAGGCACGAUUUCAUUGUUUCUGUGGUUUUUAUUUUUUUUUAAUGACUCUCCAUCUCAUAAAAGUUAACAUUCUCCUGUGGAAGACCCCCCCCCCACACACAUUUCUGUAAUCCAAGCUGCAAUAAUGAUGUCCCUGGUUGCCUAUGUUACAGGAAUAUUCAGAUAGCAGCAUGUUGUACCUCAGAACUCUCUAAGGUUGUAAAUACUUCACACAGGAAGACUGAAAGAGUAUUUGUCAGGCUGGGCCAUUGUUUGCACUGCCCAUCUUUCAUAUACUACGUUAAUAUCACCAUUGCCGUUCUCAAACCUAGUACUGUAAUCCAAGAUUUUAUAUAGUCUAUACCGUAGUAACAUGAAUGUCAGAGCAGAUGAUCGCGCUGAUCCUUCUGUGUUGUCAUAGUUUUUUUUUAUAUAUUAAAAGCCAUAAUCUGUAUAAUAUGUAGUAAAGUUGUCAUAUUUAAGAUCUUUAUCUAGAAUCAGUUGGUAUUUGUUGGAAAAUUAUAGGACCGAACUUUAGUGUGUAUAGUUUGGUUUCCUGUAUCUUCAAGCUUCAUUCAUGACCUAAGAAGUCUUUAUUGGGUUGGGAAGAGACCCCUGCCAGCCCACCACUGGACCGAACAUCUACAUUUAUUUGCUGUGUGCUUCUUCCAAGUUUUAAUAAAAAAAAAAAAAAACUUGAAAUUAAA